AGAUACCAUGUGUAAUAACACUGAAGGUUGGAGCGCAAAUUUGAUACACGAAAACGUUUGUGGACCAUUCGCACAACGAGUAACUAAACUGUAAUACAAUGCCAAGGGACAGCAGAUCAUACAGGAAAAGGUCUAGAUCAAGGAGCGGAUCAAGAGAAAGGAAACGCUACAGGAGUAGGUCUAAGAGCCCUGAUCGUUCACGAAGAUCAAGAUCAAGGGAGAGAACAAGACGAUCACGGUCAAGGGAUAGAGAUAGGUCUAAGAGAUCAAGAUCUCGUGACCGAGAGAGACGUCGGUCAAGGUCAAGGGACAGAAGACGAUCAAGGAGUCGUGAGAGGGAUAGGAGAAGGAGAUCUAGGUCACGAGAAAGGGACAGAGAUCGACGGUCUCGUUCAAGAGAUCGAAAGCGGGACAAGAGAUCUAAAACACCUGAUAAAUCGAAAACAAAGGAUACAUCACCAGAAAGGAAGUUACCAUAUAGAGAAGGAGAAUUAAGUGUGAGAGAUGAACCACUUGAUAAGGAAGAGGAACAGAAAAGACUCGAGAUGGAAAUGCAAAAACGAAGAGAAAGAAUUGAGCAUUGGAGAGCAGAGAGGAAAAAGACAAAAGAGCUUGCCCCUAUAAAUAUUGCUCCUCCCACGAAGAUUUGGAGUUUAGAAGAUGAUGAUGAUGAUGAUGAUAUUGUUGAUGAUGGAUCAAAAGAUGAUGAUAAUGAACUAGAUCCUUUGGAUGCCUAUAUGCAGAAUAUUGAAGAUAAGUCAAAUAAAGAUAAGGAACAGAAAACAGGUGUUAAAUCAGAAAAUGGUGCUAAUAACGAUGCAGCACUAGGAAAGGUGACAAUGAUUACAGGUGUGGUGAAGACUAAAACAGACACAUCACUACACAAGGGAGAACUCAUGUUAAACAAUGUGGAUGCCAUGGAGUAUUCAUCAGAAGAGGAAGAAGAGGAUUUAGACUCCACCAUGGCAAAAAUUAAAAACAGCAAAAAGGAACUACUGGUAGUGGACCAUACUAGGAUAUACUAUGCUCCAUUUCGGAAGGAUUUUUAUGUAGAAGUUCCCGAGAUACGAAAGAUGACAUCAGAAGAGGUUGAUGCCUACAGGAUUGAACUGGAGGACAUUAAAGUUCGCGGUAAGAACUGUCCCAAACCAAUCAAAUCUUGGGCUCAGUGUGGCUGUAGCAAAAAAAUCAUGGAUGCAUUUAAGAGACAUGAUUAUGAAAAGCCCACGCCAAUCCAGGCACAAGCUAUCCCUGCCACUAUGAGUGGAAAGGACCUGAUUGGGAUAGCCAAGACUGGCAGUGGUAAAACUCUGGCUUUUCUUAUCCCAAUGUUUCGUCACAUCAAGGAUCAACCAGAACUGGAUGAGGACGAUGGACCUAUAGCUGUGGUGAUGACACCGACCAGAGAACUUGCCAUGCAGAUCACAAUUGAAUGUAAGAAGUUUGCCAAGCCACUAGGCCUUCGUGCUGUGUGUGUGUACGGUGGAACUGGUAUCUCAGAACAGAUUGCUGAACUCAAGCGUGGAUGUGAAAUUAUUGUGUGUACUCCAGGACGCAUGAUUGACAUGUUGUCUGCCAAUAACGGUCGAGUGACAAACCUUCGGAGAUGCACUUACAUAGUAUUGGAUGAAGCAGACCGUAUGUUUGACAUGGGUUUUGAACCUCAGGUGAUGAAAAUUGUGGACAAUAUCCGGCCUGACCGCCAGACAGUGAUGUUCUCAGCCACCUUCCCACGACAGAUGGAGGCCCUAGCCAGAAAGAUCCUCAACAAACCAAUUGAGGUCCAAGUGGGUGGUCGCAGUGUGGUAUGUAAGGAUGUGGAACAACAUGUUAUAGUCAUCGACGAGGAAAAGAAGUUUCUGAAGCUGCUGGAGCUGCUGGGUAUCUACCAGGAGAAAGGCAGUGUACUGGUGUUUGUGGACAAACAGGAGCAUGCAGAUGACCUGAUGAAGGAUCUGAUGAAGCACUCGUACCCUUGUCUCUCCCUCCACGGAGCCAUUGACCAGUAUGAUCGGGACAGCACCAUCAGUGACUUCAAGAGUGGAAACAUUAGUCUUCUGGUAGCAACGUCUGUAGCAGCUCGAGGUUUGGAUGUACGUCACUUGAUCCUGGUAGUUAAUUACGACUGUACCAACCACUACGAGGACUAUGUACAUAGAUGUGGCCGAACAGGAAGAGCAGGUAACAGGGGCUUUGCUUACACCUUCAUCACACCUGAGCAGGAGCGGUAUGCAGGAGACAUCCUGAAGGCCCUAGAGAUGUCUGGAGCUAAUGUACCUGGAGACCUUGAACGCCUGUGGAAUGAGUACAAGGAAAGAGCCAAGGCUGAGGGACGUACUGUGAAGAGCUCUAGUGGGUUCAAAGGUAAAGGGUUCAAGUUUGAUGAGACUGAGGCCCAUUUAGCUGAUGAGAGAAAGAAAGCACAAAAGGCAGCUCUUGGUCUCCAGGAUUCUGAUGAUGAGGAUUCCAGUUUGGAUAUUGACCAGCAGAUUGAAGACAUGUUUGCAAGUGUAAAGCGAGUAACUGAUGUCGCAAAGCCAAUAGUACCGGCCCAGACACCACAACCACAGGCUUUGGCACCAACAGUCUCCAACCAGCAGAAGCUGGAGCUGGCUAAACGCCUGGCAGCAAAGAUCAACAUGCAGAAGAAGAUAGGACCAGAUGCCCAGGACAUCACCCAACAGGCUGCCAAGUCUAUCAUGACUGGGGACGGAGCAGCACCACAAGUGGCUUCAAAGACGAUAGCAGAGCAAAUGGCAGAGAAGAUCAAUGCCAAGCUUGGCUACCGACCACAGACGGAGGAUGACGAUGGCGCAGACAGUAAUGCAGAGACUUUCAAACGUUAUGAGGAGGAGCUGGAGAUCAAUGACUUCCCACAGACAGCACGCUGGAAGGUCACAUCAAAGGAGGCACUUGCCCAGAUCUGUGAGUACUCAGAGGCUGGAAUAACAGUGAGAGGGACAUACUUCUUACCUGGUAAAGAGGUGAAGGAAGGAGAGAGGAAACUGUACCUGGCUAUAGAGGCCACCAGUGAUAUGGCCAUACAGAAGGCCAAGAAAGAGAUCACGCGUCUCAUCAAGGAGGAGCUCAUCAGACUGCAAACAUCAUACCAACCAAUGAACAAGGGACGGUACAAGGUUGUAUAGAGCGAAGACUACCUACCUUAGAUUGCUUGUGGACGUCGGCUGUCGGUUGAUACCCCUGACUACCUACCUUAGAUUGUUUGUGGACGUCAGUUGACACCCCAGACUACCUACCUUAGAUUGUUUGUGGACGUCGGUUGACACCCCAGACUACCUAC